AUGGCGUCUGGCAAUUCAGGAAAUCCACCAUCCUCACCGGAUUCUCCAACCACAUCUGCGGGAUUCAACACUGAUCAGCUUCCUCACAACAGCAGCCAGAACUUCACCGACGACGACGAUGAAGCCGCCGUCGAUCCCCAAAUCCUCCCCGAAGAAGCUGAAGAACCCGAGGAAGAAGAGGAAGGAGAGGAUCUAUUCAAUGACAAUUUUAUGGAUGAUUAUCGGAGAAUGGACGAACAUGAUCAGUACGAGUCCGUGGGGCUGGAUGAAUCAUUUGAGGAUGAUAGGGAUCCUGACCAGGUGAUUCAGGAUAGAAGGGAGGCCGAGCUGGAGCUUGAGGCUCGUGAUGUUCGCUUUACGAAUCGGAAGCUCCCUCAGCUUCUACAUGACAAUGAUACUGAUGAUGAUAGCUACAGGCCUUCAAAAAGGUCUAGAGCUGAUUUCAGGCCUCCAAGAAGCCAUGAUGAUGUUGAUACUGAUGAUGGUUUGCAGAGCUCACCAGGUAGAUCACAGAGGGGACAUUCGAGGGAGGAUGUGCCUAUGACUGAUCAAACAGAAGAUUAUCAAGAUGAGGAUGAAGAUGGUGAUGAAGGUGAGUUUGAGAUGUAUCGUGUCCAAGGAACUCUGAGAGAAUGGGUUACCAGAGAUGAAGUUCGUCGUUUCAUUGCCAAGAAGUUUAAGGAAUUCUUGCUUACAUAUGUGAAUCCAAAGAAUGAAGAUGGAGAUUUUGAAUAUGUUCGACUGAUAAAUGAAAUGGUGUCAGCUAAUAAGUGUAGCUUGGAGAUUGAUUACAAACAAUUUAUCUAUGUCCAUCCCAAUAUUGCCAUCUGGCUUGCUGAUGCCCCGCAAUCUGUCCUAGAGGUCAUGGAGGAAGUGGCCAUGAAAGUUGUCUUUGAUUUACAUCCUAACUACAAAAAUAUCCAUCAGAAGAUCUAUGUCCGCAUCACCAACUUACCAGUCUAUGAUCAGAUCAGAAACAUUAGGCAGAUUCAUUUGAACACCAUGAUCCGUGUUGGAGGAGUUGUGACUAGGCGAUCUGGUGUCUUCCCUCAGUUGCAACAGGUAAAAUAUGAUUGCAACAAGUGUGGAGCAAUUUUGGGGCCAUUCUUUCAGAAUUCGUAUUCAGAAGUCAAGGUUGGUUCUUGCCCUGAAUGCCAAUCAAAAGGACCAUUCACUGUUAACAUUGAGCAGACAAUUUACAGGAAUUACCAGAAGCUUACACUCCAAGAAAGCCCUGGAAUUGUGCCUGCAGGUCGGCUUCCAAGAUACAAGGAAGUGAUACUGUUGAAUGAUUUGAUUGACUGUGCCCGCCCUGGGGAAGAAAUUGAGGUCACUGGCAUAUAUACAAAUAAUUUUGACUUAUCUUUGAACACAAAGAACGGAUUUCCUGUCUUUGCCACUGUGAUCGAAGCAAACUAUGUCACAAAGAAGCAGGAUCUCUUUUCUGCGUACAAGCUCACGCAAGAGGACAAAGAAGAAAUUGAAAAGUUGUCGAAAGACCCAAGGAUUGGAGAAAGAAUUAUCAAGUCUGUUGCCCUAUCCAUCUAUGGACACGAGGACAUAAAAACUGCAUUAACUCUUGCUAUGUUUGGAGGCCAAGAGAAAAAUGUUGAAGGGAAACACCGGCUGCGAGGAGACAUCAAUGUACUUCUCCUAGGUGAUCCUGGGACAGCAAAAUCUCAAUUUCUGAAGUAUGUUGAAAAGACUGGGCAAAGGGCUGUGUAUACUACUGGUAAAGGGGCUUCUGCUGUUGGUCUAACGGCUGCGGUGCACAAGGACCCAGUGACAAGAGAGUGGACCCUUGAAGGAGGAGCCCUUGUUCUAGCUGAUAAAGGGAUCUGCCUGAUUGAUGAAUUUGACAAAAUGAAUGACCAGGACCGGGUGAGCAUCCAUGAAGCAAUGGAGCAGCAGAGUAUCAGCAUAUCAAAGGCUGGCAUUGUUACUUCUCUACAGGCUCGGUGCUCUGUUAUUGCUGCUGCAAAUCCUGUUGGAGGAAGAUACGACUCGUCGAAAACAUUUUCACAGAAUGUUGAGUUGACAGAUCCCAUCGUUUCUCGUUUUGACAUCCUUUGUGUUGUUAAGGAUGUGGUUGAUCCCUUAGCAGAUGAGAUGCUUGCAAAGUUUGUAGUUGAUAGUCAUUUCAAAUCACAGGCCAAGGGUGCUAAUAUAGAUGAUAGGUCCUAUAGUGAGUCUCAGGAAGAUGUUCAAGCCUCUGCCGGGCCACUUGAUCCCGAGGUUCUUCCUCAAGAUUUGCUGAAGAAAUACAUCACCUAUGCCAAAUUAAACAUAUUCCCUCGGUUGCAUGAUUCUGACAUGGAAAAACUCACACAAGUUUAUGCUGAGCUGAGGAGAGAAUCUUCGAAUGGACAAGGAGUACCUAUAGCAGUGAGGCACAUAGAAUCAAUGAUACGGAUGUCUGAAGCACAUGCCAGAAUGCACCUCAGACAGCAUGUUACUGAAGAAGAUGUGGACAUGGCAAUACGUGUUCUACUAAAUUCAUUCAUUUCAACACAAAAAUACGGGGUGCAGAGGGCUCUGCAAAAGAGUUUCAGAAAGUACAUCACUUACAAGAUGGAUUACAAUAGAAUGCUUUUCAAUCUUCUACAAGAGCUUGUGAAGAGAGCACUGCGCUUUGAAGAAAUCAUUUCUGGUUCCACGUCAGGGCUUACCCAUAUAGAGGUGAAAGUAGAUGACCUGCUGAACAUGGCUGAAGAACGUGGGAUCAGUGAUCUUAGACCCUUCUUUUCGAGUACUGAUUUUUCUUCUGCCAAUUUCGAGUUGGAUGAAGAACGAGGAGUGAUCAGACAUCGCCUUCCAAGACACUAA